UAAAUGUGCAUUUUUUGUAUUUUAGGAAUAGCUAUUUUAUUAUGGUUGCUUCAUAUCUACAUGACUGGUGGAGUAUGCAAAAUAAAAAAGGAUCUCAGCGGAAAGGUUGUCUUCAUAACUGGGGCUAAUACUGGUAUUGGAAAGGAUACAGCACUUUAACUAGGGAAUAUGAAUGCCACUAUUGUAAUUGCUUGUAGAGACACAAUAAAAGGAUAAUUAGUCUUGGAUCAAUUAGUAUUUUAAUUAACUUAAAGGAUAGAAUAAAAUAACUCAAGCUUACUUGAUAAAAUUGGAUUUAUCCUGUCUCAAUUCUGUAAGAUAAUGUGUUGAAGAUUUCAAGAAGCUGAACAUCCCUUAAAUAGAUAUUCUGAUUAAUAAUGCAGGUGUCAUGGCUCCUUAGACUUAUAAAACUACUAAACAAUCAUAUGAACUUUAAUUUGGUACUAAUCACUUAGGACAUUUUCUAUUGACUGAGUUAUUGGUACUAAUAUAUGACUAGUUCAUUUUAGAUUCCCUAUUUGAAAGCUGCUGAAUAGAGCAGAGUAGUGAAUGUAUCGUCUUUGGCUCAUAGGCACUCUAAUUUAAAUUUUAAAGACAUCAAUUUAGCUCAAUAUGCCAAUUCUAAACUAUGGUCAAUUAAAUAUAGUCCAUUAGCCUACGGAAAUAGUAAAUUAUGCAACAUACUUCAUGCUAUGGAAAUAUCUAAGAGACAUGGAAUAAAAGCAUGGUAAGGUUAAAUUUAAUUUAGUUCCUUGCAUCCAGGAGCUGUUAGAACAGAAUUAAUGAGGGAGGUUGUUUAAAAUCCUAUAUUAAAUGUGGUAUUGAAAUUAAGUACUGUUUUUUAUUUUCUUUUGUCUAAAAGUAGCUUAUAGGGAGCUUAAACUACAUUACAAUGUGCACUAGAAGAUUACGAUAAAUUAGUUGAUGGGGGAUAUUAUUCAGAUUGCAAAUUGAAACAACCUCAAAAUACAAAUAAACAACUGGCUGAGAAACUGUGGGAAUUCUCAGCUGAAAAAUUGAGAUUCUAUCUGGAAAAGUGAGAAUGAGUAUAUAAUAAUAAAAAUAUUA